AUGGAGAAUCGUGUCUCCUCAUCCUUCAAUAAUAACAAUAAGAAUGAAAAUAUUUCUUUAUCGAAUAAUAGUUCAACUUGCACGACAAAUUCUAAUUCAACACGUCAUCGCUGUUGUGAAUAUGAAUCCUCAUAUCCAUCAAUGAGCCGCUAUCGUACAUCAUUAUCGUCAUCGCCAUAUCGUAAAAUUCAUUACUUAGAUGAUUCCGAUGAAGAAAUAAUCAAUGAAGAAAUUAUUGACAUAACAAACAUCGAUCAUUACCCAACAUUAAUUGAGCGUUGGGGUGAUGACGCAAAAACGAUUAUCAAACAUGAUGGAGAAUUUAUCAUUGAAGAUUAUGUAGAGUUCGAAGAAACUGAACCGACAAUAAUGGAAGAAAUUUCCUAUGAAAUUAUUUAUUCAGAUGGUCAAAUUAAAUCAACCAGAGAAGUUCAGCAUUCGUAUGUUGAAGCUCGAAAUUUUUCUAAAAUUAAAAAACGACGUAUAAAACGUAAACGUUCAAAGUUAGAAAGUCAUUCGACUGAUAUUAAUGAACGAGCCGCACAAUUGCUUGAUGAAAUGCGUAAUUUAUCAAGUGAAAUUGAUUCAAUGAUUCAAACUACCAAUAAAAUUAGUAAUUCAAAUAAUGACUUAUCCGGUGAUAAUGAUGAAAUAACAACAAUUAAUCGAGCGGCUGAAAAUAUAAUUAAAAACGGCUUAAAUGAAAAUUCUAAAACUAUUCCUAACCACAGUAAUGAUUGUUCCAAUAUCGAGAUAAUGGGUAACGAGACAUUAUUUUCUGUCAAUGAACAAAUCUCAUUACAAUCUCAUAAUUCAAAUAAACAAAAACCACGAUAUCAAAGGGAUCUUAUUCCACAAAGAGUAGACGACGAUGAAAAAACUCGUCAAUCAUAUUUACUUGUAAAAAAUGAACAUCAUAUUUUACAUAAUGACCACGUCACGAACUCACUAGCACAAUCAUCAAUCAACGAUGAUCAUGAAAACAUGUUAGAAUUCAGAUUACAAUCGGCAGACUCGGAGUCGAAUCUAGAAAAAAAACCAUCAGCUCAACAGCAAGUACAAUCAAUUGAAAAUGAUACUCAAUCAACAAUAACAAUUGAACGUAAUUUCGGUCAAGAUCAACAAUCUUUUAUUAUCCAAACCAACGAAUCAAUAUCAAAUAUUGAUUCUCAGAAUGCAAUUUCAUCAAAUCAACUAAACAAAAACAUCGACGCCGACAGUUGUAAUGAUUCAACGAUGGAAACCUAUGAAGUUACCAUCGAAUUUGAAAAAGAACAAAUAAGUGAUCAAUCAUUCAUUCGUUCUCAAAUAGAUCGUGAAUAUAGACUUUCCAACUCAAACAGUACGCCGUCUGUCAUGGAAACAAAACAAGACGAAUUCAAACACUCAUCCUCGACUGAAAUUGAUGCUAAUACUCUUGCAACAUCACUCAAUCUUCAAUCUUCAUCCGACAAUUUUGCCAAAAAACAAAGUCCGACAUCGACCAGCUUCGUCGCUCAAGAAGAAAACGAACCUGAACGUCUUUCAUCAAUCAACCAUACAAUGGAAACAUUUGCUCAAACACAAAAACCAUUCCUUCGCUCUUCUAUUGACAGUAAUCAACAAGGAUCGACUAUGAAUACUACGCAAGAUGAAACUAUCGAGCACUCGUCAGAUGUUUGUACUGAUAAACUUCGUCAGAUUGGAACUACUUACUUUCCAUCGAUCGAUAACGCUCGAGAAAUAAUCGAAGAAACAGCAAACGAUUCCAUCAAUCAAACUCCUCUGAUAUCAACACUACUGACAAGUAUUGACGAUAAUAUCACGACAACACUUCUAUCAAACGAGGUUUUAUCAGAUUCUCCAGUCGACAAUGCUCAAUUUUCUAUUCGAAAUAUUAUUUCAAAUGAAUCAGAAUUAUUAAGAUCAACUCAUCAAGACGAAUCAUUCAAUGAUAUUGAUACAAAAUCUUUUUCGUCAUCUCAAUCAAUAAAAUUUCACGAUAUAAAUACUGACAGUUUUUCAGACCCAUGUAAUAAUCUUCAACAAUACGCGGACAUGAAUACAGCUGAUCUAAUUACAACUGAUUCAUGUUAUUCAACACAUGAUUUAUCAUCGUCUUCAACAGAAUCUUUUACUGCUGAUUCAUCAUUCAAAACAGACUUUCAAGAUUGGAAUCAAAGUGAAUAUUUCAUAACUCGUAAUAUCGAACCCAUAUCAUCAGAAUUUCCUUCUGUUGAUAUUGAAGAGUCAGAUAAGAAAACAGAAACAUCUGAUUUAACAAGAAUUUAUUUUGAAUUACAAGAACAACGUAAUAAUGCACCUUUACAUGUUUAUCAAGAAAAAUCGAAUGAUAAUCAUAUUGGUUUAAAAUCAUUUCCACACGUUACAAAUCUAUUAUCAACAGAAUAUCAUCGAGUAUUCGGUGUAUCUAAUGAUAUUAUAAAUACAGUUAGUGAUAUAACGAAAUCUGUUGAUGUAACAUUUCAAUCAAAGGAUUCCAAUGAAAACAAAUCCAUUGUGAUCGAUGAUAAUCAAUCAAUUAUUCCAGGUGUUACAUCAAAUCUUCAAUUAGAUUUUCGAUAUUCUUCACUAUUAAAUCGAGUAGAUACUUUAAUACAACCGCUUCUUAAUUCACUAUCUAUUAAUGAAAAUGAAUCAAUAUUAGCAAAUACUCAACCAUUGAAUGAACGCAGCGAUGCCCGUAUGGACUACGUUAAUAUACUUGAUAAAGCUACAAACAGCGACCAAAACGUUCUCAAAUCAUCACACAAUAAUGAAUCUAUAAGUCAAAAAAAUAUUUUAUCAAACGACACGACACCUAUCCGAUCAUCGAAUCAAUCGCAAAUAGAAUCAAAUAUUAUUUCAAGCCAACAAACAAAAACAUCGAUGGAUGACAAGAUUUCUGAUGUCACAGAGCAGAUACAAAAUCGUAUCGAAAAUAUUCGGCAUAAUACAGAAUCGAUAGAACAGAAAGACAUCACAACAGCUUCAUCUGCAUUCAAAUUUAACAACGCAGUAAUGCCAACCCCUGAAUCGAUUAUUACACCAUCGGCAGAAACAAAAAUAAAAAUAGGCGACGAGCAAAAUCAGCAAUCAACAACAGAAUUGUUCGUUCGGGCGAAAGAUUUUCUACCAGCGGCGCUUCUAUCGAGCACGCCAAACGCGACACAUAAAGAACCUCUUCAACCAAUAGAGAAAAAGCAAAAACAAGAUGAAGCUGUCAGAAAAAUUGUUGAUGUAAAUGAUUCAUCAAGUACUGUUACCGAACCUACAGAUGGUCUUGAUCAUAUGUCCUCCAUUAGACAACAACCUCUGUCGAUAUCUAAUUAUUCGGAUAAUAAUAAAUUGCAAAACACAUUGACUGGCACGGAAAGAACUGAUGACAAUACGCAAGGGCAACCGAAUCGAAACAUAGAACAGUCUUUGAUCCCAAAAUGUUCUUCCUGUGAAAAUCAAUCGAUGAUAGUCGAUCCUGGGUACGAUUGUUUUUCUUCCAUACAGUCAACAUCAACUCGUGAUCAGCAAAAACAAGAUAAAACCGGCGACAAAUCGUCAGACCAAAAAUUCCCAACUAUGUAUGACGAUUACCCUUGGUACUCAAGUUAUUAUACAAUUGUUGAUGCCGAAACAAAAUUGACUCGAUUAUAUAAACAAUUCAAUUUCAUAAAUACGCAACAGGAACGUUCUCCGACCACAGUUCAUAUUCAGUCUGAUUUCGACAACGCACAGGAGCCGAAUGAUGAUAGAUUUCAUGUUGUACAACGACGCAAACGUGUAUCUUCAUCAACAACACAUACACACAAUGAACAAUCAACGAACACAAUACUUAGUCCAGAUAUUGAUUUGGAACCAGUCAUUCUUCGUGGACACCCAGGUGUACCCAUAGCCACAGGUCCGAUCAUUUCACAAACUACAGACACGGUUAACAAGAAAAAACAUAAGAAAAAGAAGAAAGAUGACAAGGAAACGAUUUUCUUCGAUGCGCCUGAAUUUGUACCAUCCGAUGUUAAUCAAGAACAAAAUAAUAAAUCCCACAUUACCGAGCAACUUGCAUCGAUGCCUAUUGAUUCAAAUAAAGAUGAAUCACAAAAAGAAUCAAAUGAAACUGCACAAACUACAGACAAAGCGCAAGAUGAAUGUCAGAACAAAAGCUCAAGUCAAAAUACACAACUUAUGUCUGAUUUCAUAGAUAAACAACAACAACAACAACAACAACCUUCUCCGAUCACAGUUAAUAUUCAAUCGGAACUUAAUGAAAACGUCUCAAUACAUAAUCGCGUAUUAGACAAGUCAAGCGAACAGGACGAUGGUGAAUUUCAUGUUGUACAAAGGCGUAAACGUAUACCGUCAUCAAACACACAAACACAAGUUAUCCCAACAACUAACACAACAUUUAGUCCAGAUAUUGAUCUUGAACCAGUCGUUCUUCAUGGAAAUCCAGGUGUAUCAAUAGUCGUUCCAGCUUUGGUUUUACAACCCGCAGACACCGUUAGCAAGAAGAAACAUAAGAAAAAGAAGAGAGAUCAAAAAGAAACAUUUUUUUUCGAUGCGCCUGAAUUCGUAGCAUCUGAUGUUACCAAACAACAAAAUGAUAAGUUACACUCUGAAUUAGUAGAAAGAGUUUCUUCAAACAGUACUCAAACAAUAAAUUCAUCUGAUGUUAUUGCCGAAACUGCAUCUGUCCAGGACAAUAAAUCACCGGUAACACACAAUUUGUUGUUAAUAUCUAGUGAUUCCAAUAAUCACAAAUCUCAAGAAAAAUUCAAUGAAUCAGUACAAGUUAUCGACAAUAACCAAGAACAUAUAGAUCAAAACGCACAACAAUCUUUGACCUCUAAAAAUUCUUGUUAUUCACAACAACCGAAAAUAGCCGAUUCUGAAUGUCAACAUCUUUCUUCUAUACAUCAAACGUCAAUUAUUGAUCACAGACAGCAAAGUAUACCCCGCGAAAAACCCUUAUGUCACAAAGUUCAAGUUAUGCAUGAUGAUUAUCCGUGGUACCCAAGUCAUUAUACAAUCGUCGAUGCCGAAACAAAAUUCGCUCGAUUAUAUAAAGAAUUAAACGGCAUAAAUAAACAGCAGCAACUUUCGACGUCAACAGUUAAUAUUCAAUCUGAACUCAACGAUAAACUUACAACCGAUGAACCAGAAUUUGACAACGAAAGACAACUAGGCAAUGGUGGAUUUCAUGUUGUUCAACGUCGCAAGCGUGUACCAUCAUCAACAACACAGUCGCAAGUCAUACCGACAACAAACACAACGCUUAGUCCAGAUAUUGAUUUAGAACCGGUCGUUCUUCAUGGGCAUCCAAGUGUGCCGAUUGCAGCUACUCCUUUGAUUUUCUCGCAACCUGAAGACUCGGUUAACAAGAAGAAAACUAAGAAGAAAAAGAAAGAUAAACAAGAAACGAUCUUAUUUGAUGCACCUGAAUUGAUAUCAUCCGAUGUUAGCAAACAAGAAAAUGAUAAAUUACACUCUCAAUCAGUUGACAGAGUUUCUUCACAAAAUGAUGAAACAAUUGAUUCUUCUAGUGUAUUGAUACAAUCUACAAUUACCGAACAACUUUCGUCAAUACCAAUUAAUUUAGAUAAAGAUGAGUCACUCGAGCAAUUCAAUGAAACUGUACAAAUUCUCGAUAAUAAGCAAGAGCAAGUAACUGCACAGCAACCUGUAAAAUCUGAUUUGACAACUAUUGAUGAUAACAAUGGUUUUCUUUCUACGACACAUCUAAUAUCAACUGUAGACGACAAAAAACAAGAUGAAUGUGUCGCGAAAAGUUCAGAUCAAAAAUUUCGAGUUACAUAUGAUGACUAUCCAUGGUAUUCAAGUUAUUAUUCGUUGGCUGAUGCUGAAGUGAAGUUUGCUCAAUUAUAUAAAGUAUUAAAUUGCAUAAAUGAACCACAGCAAUUAUCUACGACAGCAGUUAGUAACCAGCUUGAACUUGACAACGCAAAUGAGCAGGAAAAUGAUGGAUUUCAUGUUGUUCAACGUCGCAAGCGUGUACCAUCAUCAACAACACAGUCGCAAGUCAUACCGACAACAAACACAACGCUUAGUCCAGAUAUUGAUUUAGAACCAGUUGUUCUUCAUGGGCAUCCAAUUUUACCGAUUGCUACUCCUCCGAUUCUCUUACAACCUGAAGACUCGGUUAGCAAGAAGAAAACGAAGAAAAAAAAGAAAGAUAAACAAGAAACAAUCUUAUUUGAUGCACCUGAGUUGAUACCAUCCGACGUUAACAAACAAGAAAAUGAUAAAUUACAAUCACAAUUAGUAGAAAGAGUUCCUUCAAACAAUGUCGAAACCAUCCAUUCUUCUAGUGUAUUUACACAAUCUACGAUUACCGAGCAACUUUCUUCAAUGCCUAUUAAUUUAGAUAAAGAUGAAUCACCCGAGCAAUUCAGUGAAACUGUACAAAUUCUCGAUAAUAAGCAAGAGCAAGUAACUGCACAGCAACCUGUAAAAUCUGAUUUGACAACUAUUCAUGAUAACAAUGGUUUUCUUUCUACGACACAUCUAAUACCAACUGUAGACGAUAAAAAACAAGAUGAAUGUGUCGCGAAAAGCGCGUGUCUAAAUGUUGAUGUUAUGCCUGAUUUCAUCAAUAAACAACAGCUUACUUCUACUGAAGUUAAUAUUCAAUCUGAACUUAAUGAAAAUGUCUCAACACAGGAUCGUGCAUUACAGAACUCAACGGAACAGAACGAUGAUGAAUUUCAUGUUGUACAACGACGGAAACGUAUACCAUCAUCAACAGCACGGACUCAAGGCGAAGUACCAACUACCGCAACUCUUAGUUCAGAUAUUGAUUUGGAACCAGUCAUUCUACAUGGACAUCUAAGUGUACCGAUUGCCACUCCUCGAAUGACUUCGUCAACUGUAGAUACGGUUAGCAAGAAGAAACAUAAGAAAAAGAAGAAAGACAAGCAGGAAACAAUUAUAUUUGAUGCUCCUGAAUUCGUUCCGUCCGAUAAAUUGCAGUCUCAGUUCGUGGGACAACAAUGUUCAACAAAUAUUGAAACAGUAGAUUCUUCGAAUGCUGUUCCUAAAUCUGAAACUGUGAUAGAUGAUGAAUCGGUGAUUGCAGAGCAAGUUUUGUUGAUACCCAUUAAUUCAGAACAAGAUGAAUCCCACGAACAUUUGAAUGAUAUUGUGCAAACUCUCGACAAACAGCAAGAUCAAAUAAUUCGACCGACACAACAAUCUCUAAUUGCUGAUUCUACUAAUUAUUCAAAUCAAUUGGCAAACGUCAAUCAUUCAGAUGAUCUUCUUUCUUCGGCACAGCCAACAUCAGCUGUGGAUAAUGAAAAGCAAGACACUAAAAGUUCAAAUCAAAAUGUUCAAGCUAUGUCUGAUUUCAUUAGUAAUCAACAACUUCCUCCGGCAGCAGUUACUAUUCAAUCUGAACUUAAUGAGAUUGUCUCCACACAGAAUCGUUUAUUAGACAUCACAAGAGAGCAGGAUAAUGAUGAAUUUCAUGUAGUACAACAUCGUAAAUGUAUACCUUCAUCAACAACACAGACUCGAAGUGAAAUACUAACUACCACAGCUCUUAGUUCAAAUAUUGAUCUUGAACCAGUAGUUCUUCAUGGGCAUCCAGAUAUACCAAUCGUCACUCCUCCUAUUGAUUCACAAACCGUGAACGCAACUAGCAAAAAGAAGCAUAAGAAAAAGAAGAAAAGUACCAAGGAAAUAUUCUUUGAUGCACCUGAAAUCUUACCAUCAGAUAUUAACAAAAGCCAGCAAAGCGAUACCAGAAAAUCUCAAUCCGUAAAGAAUCAAUCUACAUAUGCCGAUUCUUCACAAACUAGUCUGACGAUAAAACCUGCAUUUGUGCCAUCAGAAAUCUUCUCAACUCUAACUGGUGACGAACAAAAAGGAAAGGCUUUAUCAAAGUCGAAUGUUGCUAAUGAUGAUGAUGAUGAUGAUGAUGGAAAGAAUGAAUUGACUUCUGACAAUGCUUGUCAAUCAAUAUCAACUCCUGUCAGAGCAGUUUUACACAAUGUAAAACUUAUUUCUAGUUCAAAAGUAGAACAAUCAAUAGAUAAUAGAUCAAAUGUGCAGCCAUCACCAUCGUCUGUAAUAAAGACAAAAACAAUAACGACUGUAGAGUCACCAAAAGAAGACGAAGACAAUGAAGGAUUUCACCCAGUGCAUUAUCAUAAACGAACACUGGCGUUACCAAAACCAGAGAAAACCACAUCAGCAUCAACAGUAGCUUCGAAAGAAACUCACAAUGCUGAUCUUGAUUUGACAAGAUCAGUUAUUCAUGAAAAUCAAAAUUUAUCAAUGCCAUCAACUACUAUCACCGAUAAUAAAACUCCAAAGAGAAAAAAUACUAAACAAAAAAAGCGUAAACAAGAAGUAGCUUCUGCAUCGAACGAACAAACGGCACAUGAAGAAACUACUCCAAUCUUAUUCUCACCUAUCAUUAGAAAUUCAGAUGUACAACCGAAACCAACAUUACCAUCAAUUGUGAACAUUAAAAAAAUGCCUUCACCUUCGGAAGACGACGAAGAAGAAGAAGAUAAUGAAGGUUUUCAAGUUGUAAAAUAUCGUAAACAUUCGAAUACAGCAUCUCAAUCGCGAAAAGUUCAACAAUCAUCUCCAAAAACAAAGAAUUCACAUGAACAAUAUUUUAAUCGUAAAUAUCUGGGCCCCGCUGAACGCUAUGAUUCAGCAUCUCGACCCAUACCUCGUAAUAUUCCCCUUCGAAAAACUCUAUCUAACAAAAGUAAACAAGAUAGCUAUCAAACAUCAACUUUUACUGGCUCACCUCGUUCGGCGUCAACAGACAAUCGCAUUAUCACAUCAACGAGUGUUCCUAAUAGUUUCAACAAACCUAAAGAUAUGAAACAAACAACUGAACAAUUGAAACCAGUAAAAAACUUGCAAAAUCAAACAAUUAUUAGUACAACACCUAAACCACACCAAUCAUCUUCCACAGAACAAUCAAGCAAACCGAUCGUUCAAGAAUAUCACGCUUCGACACAUACUGAAAAAAAGACUGGAAUUGAAAAAUCAACAGUAUUAAACAUCCCUUCUACUAAAACUCACGGACCAAAGUUAAUACAAGACGAUGAUAACGAUGGAUUUCAACUCGUACGCCAUCAAAAAAAUAAAACCUCAACAACAGCAAAACAACCAAAACUCACCUCACCCAUUGAUAAAAAGCCAACAUUGACCUAUGUUAAACAAGAGUUAUCUACAAUAACAACAAGUCCACCAGUUGACAUAGAACAAACUAUUACUCCUCAGGAAAAAUCGAAGAAAUCAAAAAAGAACAAAGAACCUACUCCACCAUCACCAAUAACUCAAAAUAGCUCCCCUAUAUCAAUUACAAACGACGGUCAAGAUCAAACAGCAAAUAGGAAUGUCCAAAAAAUUCCUCAGCUGCCCAUCAAAAUCUCAAAUCGUCUUUUUUCUACUGAAGAUAAAACAAUAUCAAAACCUAUUACAAACGAAAUCAUUACUUCACAAGCGAAUGAACAAGUACAUCCUACAGAUAAUAUUCAAAAUCUUUUGACCUCAACAAUUUCAAGCCAAGAAGUAUCUAAAUCAUCAAAUGAACUUCCAGAUGAAGCCGAACCAAUUCACAUAUCUCAAACGUCCUCUCCUGAUAUUCUUCGGAUAUUAAAUGAACCUGAAGAAGUCGUAAUCAAAAAAAGUGCAUCAACAGCAGACAUCAAACAUGAACAAAUCAAAACUUCAUCAAAUGAAAAGCCUUCUCAGCGUCGAAAGAAACAAUCACGCACAGUAACAAAAGCUGAUGAUACAAAUGCAUCACUUUCUUCAACUAUCGCAACCAUAGAACCUGAUGAUGAUAAACAAAAAUUGAAUUCAUCAACUGUUCAAAAAUCUAAAAUAAUCGAAUCCAAAGCAGCUCAACCACAAAAAUCUCAACAAAUCUCAACAAAGAAACAACAUAUUUCCAAUCAAAAUUUUGAAAAAAACGAAUUAUUGACUACUGCUCCAUCCCAAUCAACUCCUCCUAUGCAAGAUAAUAAACCUUAUGAAGUAGCCAACAGUAAACUAGAUUUAUUUUUGCCUGACUAUAUUCGUCAACAAAUCAAUACACGUCAAACAAGUUCGUCGCUCGUCGAUAAUUCAAAUAUGUCCUCGACAACAAUAACUUCAUCCGAUAUGAUUCAAAAGAGAAAACAACGAGCUAAAAUGCUUACAAAAGAUCAUGAAGCUAAAAGUUUAUUAACGAAUGAAUUCGAUACGACAAGCAAUAAUGAAAAAAUCGCAUCAACUGAUUUUAAAAACGUUACAGACAUCGAUGAAUUUAUUAUUCAAACUGAUCAAACGAACAAUGUUUCUUCUCAACAAAAUAUCGAUAAUAUUCUUUCACGUGGUUUCAAUCUCUGGCUGCACGAGGGUCAAGCAUUAUCACAACAAAAGGAUAAAUCGAAGUCUAAUCGUAAUCUAACACACACACUGCAAAGUAUUAUUGUUCAACCUUUAGCAACCAAUGACGAUGUUAAAGAUUCUUACACUACAUCUCAAACUAUGCAAUCUAUUUUUACCGCUGAUGUACGUACAGAAAAAAGAAUUCAUAUCAACAAUGCCUAUUUUAUCAAUCAUCCUAAAUCUCUUUCAACACCUUCAUGCAUAGAAAAUCAAUCAAAUGAAAAAAAAUCUGAUGAUGAUGAUGAUUCGAGAAAAUAUGAUGAAGACAAUGAUGAGGAUUCCACGAAUGAUCGACCCAAAAAACAACGUUUUCAUCAAGCUGAUAGACACGUAUUAACUAAAGACAAACGAAAAGUGAAUUCUAAUAAUGAUAAUAAUUUACAAAUAAACUUUUCAACGGACGAUGUGCAACGAUGUUUAGGCGAAGAUUUUUAUCAUCAACUGGAAAAUAAUAACAUAAAUAAUAAUAAUAAUAACACAAUUAAUUUCGAUGAUUGGGCACAUUUUCUCGAACAACAGAAUUCUCAACAAAUCGAAUCUAAUUCACCAACAUCAUUAGAAUGUUUCUAUGCUGAAACACUUGAUGACGAUACUCUACUUUCGAAUUCAGUACCUAACAAAUCUUCAGUUCCACAUCAAAAGCCACGUUAUGGAGAUUUUUCAAAAUCUGACCACGAAAUAAUAACACCUGAAUCUAUGACUAAACUCCCCUCAUGUAAAUCUAAACCAUCGGACACUUUUCGACGCUGGCGAAAACCUCAAUCGAUUACAAAUCAAUUUGACAACGACGAUGAAGUAUUCAUAUCGCAUUCAGCUAAUGGUCUCUGUCGACAAGUGACACCGUAA